AUGACGGACCAGGAUCGCAUGAGCAAAUGCGAAAAGAACAUCGAGGUGGGCAACUUUGCCAAGGUUGUCAGUCGAAUUCGCUCGCUGAUGAGUCCACAGCGGAAGAAACACUUUGCCCGAGACUGGAAUGCGUUGGGCGGCAAGCUGCGUUUUUGCUACAAGCAGCUGGAAAUGCUUGCGAUUGCUGAGGAGCGUAACCUGGAUUGGGUCCCGAAUUACUUGGAGUACCUAGACCUCAGACCAAACGAAAGUUCAGCUGCUGAAUGGAAAGAUAAGGCGGAGGCGGAGAUGCAGGUCUGCGCGUAUCAGCUCUUACGUCGGUGGCAACGGCAGUCCCAAGGCACGAAGUACGGCUACUUGCUGCAGAAGGAGAUUAGCGGUUCUGCCAGCCCAUUCAUCAUGACCGGAAAGGCUGCUGUCCCUGGAACCAUGAUGCCGGCGUCGGGGCAGUUUUCCCUGUGCUACGGCACGGGCACGUCCUUGAGCGAGGUGUCUGCCAUGCGCACCGAUGCCCUUGGCGGUUGGGCGGACGAGCUUUGGCUUCUCUGCUCUACGGCAGCCCCGGAAGUGCCCACGAACGUCCUUCGCGCGGCUGCGCCGUCGGCGCUGUCCAUGGCACCCUCGCUGGAGUGGAACGGCGCCGCCUUGCGAGCGGAUUUCCAGGUACCGAUCUUGUGGCCCUUGGGCGAGCCGAUCGACCCACUUCGCAACUCCGACUUCUACGACGAGACCAAAUCCGGGUCAUACAUCUACGGUGGUGACCCCAGUACAUAUCAUGACUGGGAAUUCAGGACGCUCUUGCGCCUGAAGCUCUACGAGGAUGCCAUCCGUGCGAAGGCCAGUGCGCAAUCCCGUCAGGGAUCCCAAAGAGGAGACUCUGACGCGGGGGGCGCCCGUGCCGAGGCCGAGCCUGGUGCCGGCGAUGAUGGCGAGGACCCAGACGGGCCUGGAGAGGAUGAUGGCGAGGAUCCCCCGCGACCCGCCGCAGAUGCGACCCAGAGCGGCGCAACCCACGACGACGCGUACUUCGACUUCGAGACGCUCUCCGCCCGAGGCGGAAGAGGAAAAGGGCGUGGAGACAAGAGCCCACGCGUUGUCUCUAUGGAAAGCGCCGAGCUGGCGCCGGCGAGCACGAAGGCGAGGACGGAAAUGGUACAUCGCGUACUCGAAGGCCUCCGAGACGACGCCUUUGAUCUGGCGCGAGAUAUGGGCGUUGAGGCCCUGACAGCACCUGGAGGACUGCGCCGUUACAUUGCGAAGCUGCGCGAGAUGGUAUUUCCGCGCGCUGCGGAAGAAGCCAGAGAGCUCUUCCGCGUGGGACAGAGGCCUGGUACCCUGUCACGCCAGUCCGGCGAAUCGAUGCUGUCGUACGUUUCACGACGACGCCGGUGGUGGAAGUUGCUCAAGACGCUGGACAGUUCCAUCGAGCUUUCGGAGCCGAUGCGAGUAGAGCUACUCCUUGAGCUCUCGGGACUAUCUAGACAGGAGUCCCUGGUCAUUAAGGCAUGCACCAAAGACCCAAAGGGCUUUGAGUCCGUUGCCGAGACCCUGGUCGAGCACUACACCGGCGUGCGCCUGAAGGAAGGCCGAGCCCUGGGAGGCUCGAUGCCCUCAGCAAAGGGUACCGGAAGGACCCCCUUCUACAAGGGCAAAGGAAAAGGGAAAUCUCGAGGAUUCCCUCGAAGAGCCUAUGCCGCCUUCGACGACGAGAUAGCCGAAGAGGAGUACCCAGAGGAGGACUCCCAUGAACCCCUCGACUACAUCCCCGAGGCCUACGUCGCUGAAGAGCAAUGGGGAGACGAAGACGUCGAGGAAGAAUUUGAGGAGUAUGAGGUGGACGACGCUGAGGCGGUCACGUUGAACACCCUGGAGCUCUUCGAGGACCAGACCCCAGAGGCUGGCCACGCGAUCCAGCUUUCUCUUGCUGCCCACACAGCUGUCGGCAAAGCCAAGGGCAAGGGAAGGAAAGGACGCGGAAAAGGGAAAGGUAAGGUAGUCAGAAGUCACCUUACACUUGAGCAGCGCCGAGACAAGCUGAAGGCGCUGAAGGCCAAGUCGAAAUGCUUGCGCUGUGGCGGAACAGGACACUGGGCAGGCGACCCAGAGUGCAAGUUCCCUGCCGGAACUGGCAAGUCCGGUGGAAAGGCCGCCAACGUAGCUGUCAUGGCACGUGCGGACCUGAGUCGCCCCGACGGAUUCGACAUACCGUCUGGCACACCGGACAUAGACCCAUCGGGCUAUGUUGUGCGCGCCACAGCUGGUGCAGUCUCUAAAGCAAGGAGCAAGGCUGCAGCAUCAGGGUACCCAAUGGGACCCACGCCGAUCCCGAUGGAGAUGGAAGGUGGAGAUAGGAAGUUCUACCUCGGUCAGCACCGAGGGAAGACCUAUGCUGAAGUGGCGUCGAACGCUGAGUACGUCACCUGGGCCCAACUUCAGACGAACCCGAGUCGCCAACUCCAAGACUUCCUGGCCUGGUUCUCGAGAUACUACACCAUCCAGAACGGCGAGGUGGUCACACGAGCUGGCGAAGGUCUUCCCGAGGGACACUAUGUGCCCCUUGUGAAGAACAAGAAGGGGAGCAAGAAGCCCCCGAAUCCUCCACUGGAGCGCUGUGCCCAGGGAUGCAACGACUUCUCGCACUUAGGCUCGACCAUGAACAUCCUCAGGAAGACGUGCCGGGACUGUGGUAACGUGAGCCAAGAGCCGCGUCAGAUCACCUACACGCACGACCCGGCGACCUGUCCCCAUGAUGUGGUGGAUCGUAGAGGCAGUUCACGAUCGGUUUCCCGCACGUUCUGCAAGCAGUGCGGAACCUUCGUGGACGAGGUCCCCGCCGAAUUCCAGAAGGAAAGAAGGAAGGCUGCAGGGCAGGCCUUGGCGGCCACGGAAGAGGCCCUCUCCAUGAUCCAAUACACCACUUCGGAAGAUGCGACCCGCGAACUCAACUCCGACGAGGUCGAGUCCGUCCUCAGCAUCUUCACCGACGACAUCAUGGAGUCAAUGGCUAUGGGGAUCAGUAUGACCCCGAAUGUCAUGCAUGGUCGACUCAAGGAAGCGAUCAGCCGAAGUCGUAUGCUCAGCAACGACGAACCAAGGGGGUAG